GUGAAAAUUCGUUCGGCUGAAAGGUUCACUUGUCACGAAAAAGAUUACUUUAAAAAUUCUCUGAAACAAUAGAAGCGAUAAGAAAGUGUGAUAAAAAAAAACUUACAUUUUUGCUAAGCUAGUGAGCCAGCCUUCCAAAGGGUUCAUCGUCAAGCCGCGACAAAGCCGGAUUUUAUGAAUAUUUUUUGCAUCACCAACUAUUCCAACUAGCUGUUAUCAAUGUAUCAUUACUACGGAGUCAUUCUAUAUAAGGCUUAAACGUGUGCACAAAGAUUUCAGACUUUUACGAAAGCGUCGAAGGAGACGAAAAAAAAGUUACUAAAAAUUAAAUUUAAGCAAAAAAAAGUUAUCUGUGACAAAACCUUUAAAGCCAAAAAAAAAGUUUAAGUGACAAAAUUAAGAAUCAGAAUAAGUUUUAAAGAAUUUUUAGUUUACUUACUGAUCCUGUAUGAAAAUGAGUAACAGGCACGGGGGAGAGGUGAAUGUCGCAUUUGAGAAUACAGAAGGGGAUUUGAGCGAUUCCCUUUCAAAUGGAGUAAAACCGAAAACCGCGUCAUUUGGCGCCAAACCAACAAGUAACGGUCAAGCUACCGGCAAAGCUGAGUUGGAAAAGGGAACUGCUGUUGAACGUGGACAUGAUCGUCCCACGUGGGGCAACAGCAUCGAGUUCCUCUUGUCCUGCAUUUCGAUGAGUGUCGGUCUCGGGAAUAUCUGGCGUUUUCCCUUUACGGCAUUCGAAAAUGGCGGCGGAGCAUUCCUUAUUCCGUACAUAAUUGUUUUGUUGGUUAUCGGUAAGCCGAUGUACUAUUUGGAAAUGACAAUGGGACAAUUUUCGUCAAAUGGAGCGGUUAAAAUGUGGGAUGUGAUUCCGAUUUUGCGUGGAAUUGGCGUGGGACAAAUUUUGGCGACAACAUGUGUUGUCACUUACUACGCCUCGUUGAUCGCCAUUACGUUACAUUACAUGGUAUCGUCUUUCUCGUCGGAGCUGCCAUGGGCAAGAUGUCAACCAGGAUGGGAGAAUUGCGUGGACUCGACACUCACAGCUGCUGAUCGUGAAAAUAUUACGAGCAAUGUUACACGAAUGAGCAGUUCUGAGUAUUAUUUCUUGAACGUCGUCGUUAAAGAAAAAGAAGACCUCACCGAUGGUAUCGGCUACCCAAGCUGGGUCCUUGCCAUCUACCUGUUCAUUGCCUGGGUCGUCAUUUUCCUGAUUAUCGUUCGUGGCGUUCGUAGUUCAGGAAAAGCUUCCUACUUUUUGGCCCUGUUUCCAUAUUUGGUUUUAUUUAUUCUGCUUGUCCGUGCCUGUACACUCGAGGGAUCUAUCGAUGGAAUUAUUUACUUUUUUAAGCCCCAAUGGGGAGAAUUAUUGAAUCCAAAGAUUUGGUUUGAAGCUGCUGUUCAAGCCUUUUUCAGUUUAAGUAUUGGCUGUGGGAGUAUUAUUAUGUUCUCAUCUUACAAUCAAUUUACUCAUGAUAUUUCGAGGGACUGCUUUAUCGUUACUCUAAUGGACACUUUCACCAGUAUUCUUGCUGGAACAACAAUUUUUGCGAUUCUCGGUAAUUUGGCUCACAAUCUGGGAGUUAAGGACAUUAAGGAUGUUGUUAAAAAAGGCACUGGUUUGGCUUUUAUUUCGUAUCCAGAUGCCAUUGCCAAGUUCGAUUGGAUGCCACAACUAUUUUCAGUGCUAUUUUUCUUCAUGCUUUUCGUUUUGGGCGUCGGAAGUGCCGUAGCUUUGCAAAGUGCCAUCAAUACUGUGAUUUGGGAUCAAAUGAAUCACGUGAAAUACUGGAAAGUCGCGGGCAGUGUUAGUACUGCGGGAUUCCUUAUUGGACUUUUCUAUAUCACGCCUGGAGGUCAGUGGAUCCUUGACUUGGUUGAUCACUUCGGAGGUACUUUCUUGAUAUUCGCUCUUGUUAUUCUCGAGAUCGGAGCCAUUUUCUGGAUUUAUGGCAUCGAGAACUUGACAAUUGACUUGCAAUUUAUGAUCCGUAAGACAGUUUCGUUCUACUGGAGAUUCACGUGGGUAUUGUUGACACCGCUUCUCAUGUUGGUAAUCUUCAUCUACUACUUGGUGCUUUUGGAAAACCCGAAACAUGGAAAAGGAGAAUAUCCAUUCGUUAUUUUAUUUUGUGGUUGGAUGAUCUUCGCAGUUGGCGUAUUUUUCGUUCCGGCAUUUGCUGCCUUGCGCAUCUACAGAAGUCGUAAACUCGGUUUCUUGGCAGCCCUGAAGAAAUCUUUCCACCCGAACAAAAUGUGGGGACCCAAAAGUCCUAAAAUCAAAACGGAAUGGUUGCGUUUCAAGGAUGAAAUCAUUAAACAUCGUCAUCAAGAAACCUAUGAGCAGAAUCAUUCAAUGUGGAGGAAAGUUUUGAAUAUUUUCUUGGGAAAAUAUCAAAAGAACUUUGUAUCAAACUAUUCUUAGAUCAUGCUUGCAAAGAAUAGCAGAAAAAUUGUGUAUUCUCAAGAUAUUAUAUACUAGAAGGUGAUUCAUAAACAAAAAUUAGCAGAACCCUUUUGUAGGUUUUAGUGAUUUUUAGUAUUAGAGAUGCAUUUAUUCUUUUAUAUAUUUGAUAUUCAAUUAAAAAAAAUGAAUAAUUAGA